AUGGCUGCUGCGGGAGUCUCCCCGUCAAGCUCUCCGCGGCUUCCCAGUCCCCCUCCGUUCACAGAGGUGCAGAUCGGACCCCAGUCGCCGUCGGUUGGCGAGUCGUUCGGCGGAGAGGCAGAUCUACAACUUUUAGGUGUCUCACCCGGCGCAGAUGAUGGUCCAACAAGGAGGAUUCGCCCAGGGUCGAAGAGCAGUGAGAUGGCCGCUGGCCCUCCGUUAAUUCCUCUUCCGCAGCUUGACUCCCCAUUCCAACUUCAAGAGCAUUUAAAAGCGCUCUAUAAUCAUUAUACGCGGCCCGAGGACUCCGACACAGUGGUUCCGAUCCAACGAGAGGUUGCCCGCCAGCUUGCGGAGCCGCCGGAGGGUGUUGAGCGGUCGUUAUGGCUGUACGAACUCUGUCGUUUCUUGACCAUGAAAGUGAACAAUCUCAUCAUCGCCUUCUUCGCUGAGAACCCACCUUGCUCCUCACAAACCUGCCCUGAGAUGCGCGCGUCGGAGUGGCAGUAUCUCUGCGCCGUUCAUGAUCCGCCCAAGGCUUGCUGUGCCAUUGACUACUGCUGCCACACACUCGAUUGGGCCACCAAUAUCCUCACGUCGCCGAAGCACUUUCCAAGCAGGCUCACCCUGGGAUCGGAGUCUGGGGGCGGACCGCAGGCGGGCUUGAGGCAUCUCACGAACAUCUUUCGGAGGCUGUAUCGCAUCUUCGCGCAUGCUUGGUUCCAGCACCGGGAAGUGUUUUGGCAAGUGGAGACCCAUGAUGGACUGUAUAUGUUCUUCAAAACCGUUUGCGAUACGUACCGUCUUAUCCCGGACGACAACUAUACUGUACCCCCUGAAGCAGAAGGAGAAGAGGCGCAUCAACCACAACAUGUGCCGGAACAGAGCGACCCGCGUCGAUUGACAAUCUUGCGCAAGGACAAUGAAUCAUUGCUACCUCCUCUGGAUCAAGUAGAGCCCGCGUCAAUUAGUACUGGUGCUACCACUCGACGACACAAGUCUAGCCCUUCGAUGGGAUCUCGCGUCACAACCAUUAGCGAGAGCGCAGAGGACAAUGAGGAGCCGCCACAGCUACCGCCGGCGGAAGUAGCAGUGCCUAAAACACAGUCGCCGCCAGAGCCUGUCAGUGAAUUACCGAGUGAGCCGGUCCGGUCUCCCACUCAAAGCGACGAUUCUCAGGUUACUAUUGCUGAAGUUGAGCCGGACGACGAACCCACGGAGACUACCGAGGCGGCCCCAGCCACAGAAGAACAUGGAGGCAUCCAACAAACAGACAGUGAUAACGAAGAAUCUCCUUCUGCAGCCCCAGAGGAGGAGACACCGGAGUCCAACCCCGAAUCCGAACCAGCAGCCGCAAGCCCGGAGCCAGAACCUGAAGCAGAGCCGGAGACGAAGCCCGAGCCGGAGACGAAGCUCGAGCUGAAGGAGAAGGCAGAGGAGCCUGCUAAAGAAGACUGA